AUGGAAUAUGAUAUUUACUUCAGUAAUGAUGAUACAAAUAAUGAUAUUUUAAUGGCCUUAGCAGAACUAGAUGAUAUAUUUUUUGUUAAAAAUUCAAGUUCUGAAAGUGAUCAAAAUAUAUCAGAUGAUAAAAUUAAAUUUAAAUCAAAUGAUAAUAAAAACUUUAAUGAUAAUUCUAAUACAACAUAUUUAAGUAACUUUGAAUAUAUAGAUAAUCCUAAUAAUUAUAUUGAAGAUAAAGUUUACGAUGAUCUAAAAAUAUUGUGA